GUUGGUUUAUCAAUUUGGUCCGCCCAUCAAGGUUAUAGAAAUAUAUAAAUAAUUAGCCGCUAAGACCUGUUACUGUAGUUUUUACUAUGCAAGCCUUUUUGCCUCUCGUGGUCCUGACUGUAAGUCUGCCCGCCUUGCUGGCGAGCCCAGACUACCGUGCUCUGUGGCAGUUCAGGGCCAUGAUCAUCUGUAACAUCCCUGAUAGCUGGCCACUUUUGGAUUACGCAGACUACGGAUGCUACUGUGGCAAGGGAGGCUCAGGAACACCAGUGGAUGAAUUGGACAGGUGCUGUGAAGUGCACGAUCAAUGCUAUUCUGACUCAUGGCAACAAGAUGACUGCUGGGGUGUCUUAGACAACCCCUACACUGAAGUCUACGCCUUCUCGUGCGAUUCCCCAGCAAGGAAAGUCACCUGUAACGCUGAAAAGAAUCGGCCCUGUGAGAUGUUCAUAUGUGAAUGUGACAGAAAAGCAGCUGAAUGCUUUGCACAAGCAGGUUACAACCCAGAACAUGAGCAUUAUCCCAGUGAAAACUGCAAAUGAUCUGGAAAACAACAAACCUAACAGGUUUUUAGAUUGUCCAUAUGGGCAAAAGCAAUGUCAGUUCUUGGUGUCAUUAAAGAGAGCAAAAGUAACAA